CUUUUCUAUAUAACAAAUUAUGGCUACAAAAAACAAAAAAGGGCCAACUCAGGCCGAAUUAAUGGUUAAAGCUUGUAGUGAAAUAGUUAAUGAAUUAAUAAUAGCGCAAGAGAAUUCAAAAGACGUUAACUUAAAUGGAUUGAAGACUAAAUAUUCUCGUUUGAAUAAAUUGAAUAAUCAACCAAAAUUAGUUGAUAUUAUAGCAGCUAUACCCGAACAAUAUAAACAGGCAUUAUUGCCUAAGCUUAAAGCGAAACCCGUUAGAACAGCUUCAGGGAUUGCGAUAGUAGCAGUUAUGUGUAAACCACAUAGAUGCCCACAUAUUGCAGUAACAGGAAAUGUUUGUGUAUAUUGUCCGGGAGGACCAGAUUCUGAUUUCGAAUAUUCUACACAAUCAUAUACGGGAUAUGAACCAACUAGUAUGAGAGCUAUAAGGGCAAGAUAUGAUCCGUUGGAACAAGCAAGAGGAAGAGUUGAUCAAUUAAAAAGUCUCGGGCAUAAUGUGGAUAAAGUUGAAUAUAUUGUAAUGGGAGGUACAUUUAUGUCAUUACCUGAAGACUAUAGAAAUUGGUUUAUUGCUAAUCUACAUAAUGCAUUAUCGGGACAUACAACAAAUGAUGUUGAUGAGUCUGUAAGAUAUUCUGAGCAAAGCAUGACAAAAUGUAUUGGGAUCACGAUUGAGACACGUCCUGAUUAUUGUCUUAAACCUCAUUUAAGUCAAAUGUUGAGAUAUGGAUGUACUAGAUUGGAAAUUGGAGUUCAAAGUGUAUACGAGGAUGUUGCGAGAGACACAAAUAGAGGUCACACUGUUAAAGCUGUUAUAGAGACAUUUCAAUUAGCAAAAGAUUGUGGAUAUAAGGUAGUUUCUCACAUGAUGCCUGAUUUACCAAAUGUUGGAAUGGAACGUGAUUUGGAGCAAUUUAAAGAAUAUUUUGAAAAUCCAGCAUUUCGUACAGAUGGAUUGAAAAUUUACCCUACUUUGGUAAUUCGUGGAACUGGUUUAUACGAAUUAUGGAGAACGGGAAGAUACAAAAAUUAUACUCCAAACGCAUUAGUUGAUUUAGUGGCGAGAAUAUUGGCUUUGGUACCUCCAUGGACAAGAGUAUAUCGUGUUCAAAGAGACAUUCCAAUGCCAUUAGUAACUUCCGGCGUUGAACAUGGAAAUUUACGUGAAUUAGCAUUAAAUAGAAUGAAAGAUUUAGGUAUUGAAUGUAGGGAUGUUAGAACGAGAGAAGUUGGUAUUGUUGAUAUUCAUAAUAAAGUUAGACCUGAUGAGGUUGAGUUAAUAAGAAGAGAUUAUGUAGCAAAUGGUGGAUGGGAAACGUUUUUAUCAUAUGAAGAUCCGAAACAAGAUAUUUUAAUAGGUCUUUUAAGAUUAAGAAAAUGUUCUUCGACCACCUUUCGUCCCGAAUUAACUUCUUGUCCUACUUCUAUUGUUAGAGAAUUACAUGUUUAUGGUAGUGUUGUACCUAUGCAUAAUAGAGAUCCUACUAAAUUUCAACAUCAAGGGUAUGGUACUUUAUUAAUGGAGGAAGCUGAAAGAAUUGCUAAGUUUGAACACGGUAGUUCUAAAUUAGCUGUUAUUAGUGGUAUUGGCGUAAGAAAAUAUUAUCAAAAAUUAGGUUAUACUUUAGAUGGUCCUUAUAUGUCAAAAAUUUUAAUUUAAAUUAAAAAUUCUCUACUUUAAUCAAAAUAAAAUAUAAUUAAUUAAUUGCAGAUUAUUUGUUAAUUUGUAUAUAUAUAUAU